AUGAAUCAUGGUACCGAAUUCUACCACUAUAAGCGCCUCUCGAGCUCUAGUACCCAGAUUCACUGUUCUUUCUCGAGGACGCUCGAAAAACUCGACUCCUCUUAUGGCUCCUACGCAAGAUUUGGCCAGACGGAUGCCGAGAACUCGGAUGCUUUGGCCAAGCACCGUGGCAAAGGCACUAGGGCGCCUGCUGGAGCGAUGCAGCGGGCUACUCUACAAACUGCCGCUGGCCGGGCCUUGCUGGAUAUGCAACAGAAACCCGUCAUGAAUAUCAUGAAUCAACUCGCCCAGAAAUUCGGUCUGGCUGUUCGAAGCAAGGAGUUCAACAACAAGCCCGAAUGGCGUGUCCAAGUGGAGACUAGUUCUAUUAAGGCCAUAUGUCUGGCGAAUCGAGCUGCUACUGAGGCACCGGAGCCUAAGAGGCUUAGAAUGGCGUCUGAGGAUGAUGACCAACAGCAGCAGGAGCAGGAGAUCACAGGCUCUGAGGAAGAUUCUGUUGAUGCUGAUCCCACCAGCACGUUGUUCCCCGAGCAAGGCGCACCGCUACCUUCAAUGGAAGCAAGGAGUUGUUGUGGUCGUGCUGGUGGUGGGUCCACGCUUGAGGCAACAACAGUCGCCUCUCCAAGAAGCGAGUCCUCGACAGGCGGUCCUCCGCUGCCUGGUAGAGCUGAUCUUGAUAGGUACAUAGCGAGCCUUCAGGAUUGCCAAGCCCUUGGAGAGGAGGAACUUGCUGGUCUGGUGGCACGAGCGAGGGAGAUACUACAAGAAGAGGAUAAUGUGAAGCCAGUGAGAUGUCCUGUCACGGUCGUUGGUGACAUCCAUGGUCAAUUCCACGACCUACAGGAGAUGUUCAGAAUUGGGGGAUUCCCUCCUGAUACGAAUUACCUCUUCCUUGGUGACUAUGUUGAUAGAGGAUAUUUCAGUGUGGAGGUUGUGAGCCUCUUGCUGGCUUAUAAAGUUAGAUAUCCCGAUCGAAUCACAAUCCUUCGUGGUAAUCAUGAAUCUCGGCAGAUCACACAAGUGUAUGGUUUCUACGAUGAGUGUUUGCGGAAAUACAAUACUGCGAACGUGUGGAAGAUGCUAACUGACCUGUUCGAUUACCUACCUCUUACUGCGUUGGUGGAGAACUCUAUUUUCUCGAUGCACGGCGGCUUAUCACCGUCUAUUGAUACUCUUGAUGAUGUUAGGCAGAUCGAUAGAGUCCAAGAGAUACCGCAUGAAGGUCCUAUGUGUGACCUACUAUGGUCGGAUCCAGAUGAUCGUGGCGGAUGGGGUAUAUCACCGAGGGGCGCGGGGUUCACAUUCGGACAGGAUAUAUCAGCACAAUUCAAUCAUCACAACGGCCUCAAGCUGAUCGCGAGAGCCCAUCAGCUGAUCAUGGAGGGAUAUAAUUGGAGUCACGAGAAAAACGUCGUGACGAUAUUCUCAGCACCGAACUAUUGCUACAGGUGUGGUAAUCAGGCAGCUGUGAUGGAGCUUGAUGAGAAUAUGAAGUAUACAUUCCUGCAAUUCGAUCCAGCUCCACGGCGUGGGGAUCCCACCACGGUUCGCAAACUACCCGACUACUUCCUAUAG